AUGGCUGUGAUCUGCUAUUCGGCCAAGUCGCAGUACACUCUGUUGAGUGGAUUGAGGGCGUCACGAAGGCAAAGCACCCCUCCAGGUCUCUCCGUCGAGGGCAGGACUUACAGACCUGACGAAUGGAUGAACACACCCCCUUCCAUUCUAUCAGCAGUCUCUCGCCGUUUGCAUCUCCAACCCAACCACCCAAUCUCCAUCACACGGCAACUCAUCGAAUCCCGCUUUCCCGACUACAAGUACCACAACGAUCUCUUCCCCAUCGUUACCACCCACCAAAACUUCGACUCGCUAGACUUCCCGCCAGACCAUCCCGGCCGCAGUCGGACCGACACCUACUACAUUAACCAGUCCACAGUUCUCCGCACUCACACCUCCGCCCAUCAAGCCGACACCUUUCGCGCCAACCAGUCAUCCGGCUACCUCAUCAGCGCGGACGUCUACCGCCGCGAUGCCAUCGACAGGAGCCACUACCCUGUCUUUCACCAGAUGGAAGGCGCCAAAACGUGGGACCGGUCAAACUUCUCCCCCUAUCCCAGCUUGACCGAGGCCAUCUGGGCUGAUGUGGCUGCGAUCCCUGCCCACGGCGUCGCUGUUGAAGAUCCGAAUCCGACUAUCCACCCAGAAAGGAAUCCCCUCCAAACCGAGUUCCAUUCCGCCGGCGAAGUCGAAGCAAUAGCGACCCACCUCAAGCGCUCCCUGGAGGAUGUCGUCGUGGCUAUCUUCAGCGCCGCUCGCGCCGCUGCUGCCACCUCCGGCGCCGUGGUCUCUCCGGACAGUAUCACGGAAGAGCCUCUCAAAGUCCGCUGGGUAGAGGCCUACUUCCCCUUCACUUCACCCUCUUGGGAACUCGAAGUGUUCUGGCAGGGCGACUGGCUCGAGGUGCUAGGCUGCGGCGUAGUUAAGCAAUCCAUCCUCAACAACGCCGGCGUGCCGAACCGUCUCGGCUGGGCUUUUGGACUCGGACUGGAGAGGAUUGCUAUGCUGUUGUUCAAUAUCCCUGAUAUCCGGCUCUUCUGGAGCCGGGACGAGAGGUUCCUAGGUCAGUUCGCCGCACCGGCAAGUUUCGAGAAAGGCAAGGAUCCGGGCCUGGCGAGAUUCGUGCCAUACAGCAAAUAUCCCGCCUGUCCCAAGGACGUGGCAUUCUGGCUACCUGCUUCGUCCACGCCGCCCGCUCGGAACUCAUCGCCCACCGCGCCUUCGGCAGCAGGUGGCCUCCUUCCAGCCUCAUCGUCCACCGCCGUGCACGAAAACGACAUCAUGGAGCUUGUUCGAGAGGCAGCCGGCGAUAGCGUCGAGGAUGUUCGGCUCAUCGACUCGUUCACCCAUCCAAAGACGGGGAGAAAAAGCUUGUGCUAUAGGAUCAACUAUAGAUCCCUAGAGAGAACGCUAACGAACGAGGAGGCGAACACAUUGCACGAGAGGGUCAGAGAACUAUUGGUGGGGAGACUGGGUGUGCAGCUGCGCUAG